AUGGCCAAGGGAGCAAAGGUAGAGGAAGCGCCUGCGAUGGAUACCGAGGUGCUGAGUAUCCCCAUUCUCGAGACUGUGAAGGCUGCGCAGCUGCAAAACGGACUGCGUCAUCGCGACUUCCAGCGCUACCGUCAGUACUGUGCCCGCCGUCUGCGCCGCAUCCGCAAGUCGGUCAAGUUCACGCAUGGAAAAGGCAAACAGUUUGUCAACAAGAAGGUGGACGCUGAGACGGCGACGGAGCACCGUCUGCUGUAUCUGCCCCUGUACAAAGCCGAGCGGGCUUGGGCUUACGCCAUGCAGCUGAAGGAGGACGACAACUUGGACAAGUUGGAGAACGGAGAAGAUGCCAACUCCCGCAUCAAGUUUCACUUGACUGGACGUCUUCGCAAGGCCGCAGAGUGGAGUCAGCGGCUGGCUGCGAUCUGCACCGUCCGUGCUGACGCCCGCACGAGUCUCGAAGCAGAGGCUUAUGCUGCUUACAUGGCUGGCAACUUGGCUUUCCAUCGUGAAGAGCACGUGGAAGCUUUGGAGAAGUUUGGUACAGUGCGACGCAUCUAUACGGACCUGUCGCAGGUGGGCACGUUUUCGCAAAAGGAGUUAUUCUCGCGCUCAGCGGACGAACUGCAGCCGUUUAUCCGCUUUUGCGAGCAUCGACUGGCGUUGCAGGGACGCACGGGUAGCAUAACCGAGACGUCAUCGCUGGAGUUGCAAGCAGGUAGCGAGGGCGCUAACAACUCGCUGCUGCAGUCGAAGAUUGAGCUAGUGCUGCUCGAAGCGCGUAAGCAAAAGGUUGCCAAUCUAGGGUCCGUGGAGUGGAAGCAGCAGCAGCUGACAGUGCCGACACAGGAGAUCGGCUUGGCAGUGGUUCGCACCGAUGAGCUUGCUGUCGAGCUGGAAGCUGCGCAGAAUGAUAAAGCCCGUGAGGCACGAUUUCUGGAGUUACUUAGUGCCUAUGAUGCACUUCUGCACACCCUAAAGAGCGCUACGACAAAGCUGGAACAGCAAGCCAAGAGUGGCAGUGCGCUUGUGCACUCGGACCUGGAGUUGCUCGCUGCUCUGGAGGAGUAUGCGCGCUUCAAGAAGCUGAGCAAGCAGCUUGAGCGCCAAGCUACCGUAUACCGGACACUGAAGCAGCGUUUCUCAGCACAACAGGCUGGCGAGCUCACGCAUAUUCUAGACAUGCUGGUGCAGACUGUUGGCGAUAUUCUGAUCAUCCCUGGUCUACGUGAACUCGAGCCGCGUCGGGCCGCGCAAUACAGCGCCUACAACGCGGUCUUUCGUGCGUGCCGUGCAACAACGAUUGCUCAGACCUACUUGCUACAGCACGGGUUCGGUGAAGCGAUGGCUCUGUACCAGUACGCCUCUAGCUUUUUGUCCGAAGCCGAAGGCAUUCUGGCAGCACAGCCUGCAGCUAAAGACGAUCUGUUGCAGGAGUUUACGCGCGAACUACACGGAGAGCUCGCGGGUGCUGUUAGUCGCGCGACAGCAGAGAGCUUUUUGAGGUCUUCGACGCGUGCUGAUGCCAUGCGUUUGGAGCUGGAUCAGCUGUCGUUGGCAGGCAAGGAAACGAGCAAGAAGGGCAAAAAGGGCAAGAAACGUCGGGUCCGUACUCUUGUGGAUCGUCAAAACGAGUUCGAGGCUGGCACCGUGGAGGGCCACCGCGAGCUGGUGAAGCUGCCACCCGAGUUUCGCGCCGUGCCGUGCAAGCCACUGCUAUUCGAUGUGGCAUUUAAGGAGCUCGAGUUCCCGGACCUGACGCAGCGCACGAAGACUGAUGCCGAGAGGGCUGCCGAGACGGCAGAUGCCAACGCGAGUGGCGGUUUCUUUGGUUGGUUCCGCAAGUAG